UUAGCCAAGCUCUUCUUGCGCCUAGCCCCUGUUUCUUCACAGCUCUGUGUGUGCACUAACCAAAUUUCUUCCUUCCUUUCUUCUUCUUCUUCUACUUUUAAUUUUUCUUUUUUGCAUUUUAUCAGAGCUAGGGUUAGGAGGUGUGGAUUCAAAAGCUAGCUUUCUUUCUUUAUUUUAGUCCAUUUUAAGUUUCAAGAAUCAGCUUUUCCCACCUGUCUCAGAUACCGCCACAACAUUUCUUUUUAAUCUAAUUUAAUUUCUCUGUAUAAACACACACACACAUACACACACCUCUUUAUUGUUUUUUGCAUUCCCUUAGCAGAUCAUCAAAUUUGUUUUUCAAUAUAUAGCAAAGACACUUCAGGUUAUUGCAGCUUUCCCUGAUAAUUUUUAGAAAUUGGAAAAGAAAAGAAGUGAUGGAUAAGAAAAGGGUAGCAGUCCCACUUGUUUGCCAUGGUCAUUCUCGCCCUGUUGUAGAUCUUUUUUACAGCCCUGUCACUCCUGAUGGCUUCUUUCUCAUCAGUGCUAGCAAGGAUUCUAGUCCCAUGCUUAGAAAUGGAGAAACUGGUGAUUGGAUUGGAACAUUUGAAGGACAUAAAGGUGCAGUGUGGAGUUGCUGUUUGGAUACUAAUGCUUUACGCGCCGCAUCUGGUUCUGCUGACUUUACCGCGAAAGUGUGGGAUGCAUUAACAGGGGAUGUAUUGCACUCAUUUGAACAUAAGCACAUUGUUAGAGCUUCUGCAUUUUCAGAGGAUACUCACCUUCUACUCACUGGGGGAAUAGAGAAAGUCCUUCGCAUCUUUGAUUUGAAUCGACCAGAUGCACCUCCUAGAGAAGUUGAUAAGUCUCCUGGUUCGGUCAGAACUGUUGCAUGGCUUCACAGUGAUCAGACUAUACUAAGUUCUUGUACUGAUAUGGGGGGCGUGAGACUAUGGGAUGUUAGAAGCGGCAAGAUAGUGCAAACCCUUGAAACCAAAUCAUCUGUGACCAGUGCUGAAGUGAGUCAAGAUGGUCGAUAUAUAACAACUUGUGAUGGUUCUACCGUGAAAUUUUGGGAUGCAAACCACUUUGGGUUAGUGAAGAGCUAUGACAUGCCUUGCACAGUAGAAUCAGCUUCAUUGGAACCCAAAUAUGGGAAUAAGUUCAUUGCUGGAGGGGAAGAUAUGUGGAUUCAUGUAUUUGAUUUCCAUACUGGUGAUGAGAUAGCAUGCAACAAGGGUCACCAUGGUCCUGUACACUGCGUGCGCUUCUCACCAGGAGGAGAAUCAUAUGCCUCAGGAUCAGAAGAUGGAACCAUCAGGAUAUGGCAGACAGGUCCGUUGAUUCAAGAUGACACUGAAGGGCUUGCAGCAAAUGGAUCAGUUGGAAAGGUGAAGGUGACAGCAGAGGAAGUUACGCAUAAGAUUGAGGGUUUCCACAUUGCGGACGGUGGGAAGGCCAAAGACAAGGAAGAAGCGGCAAAGGAAUGAUGUGGCAAAAAACUGUCCACUCUGACUUUUUGUUGGAGUUAUGGAAUGAGGUUGAGGUGUAGGGUUGGCCUCGCCAUAUAGGAGUUUCAGACCAAGUGAUUUUUGUAAAAGCUCUAGCUAGUGACGCAUUAGAUAGAUAGGGUGGAGUAUAUGUUAUGCAUUUCUACUUAUCUACGUGUUGUUGACGGUGAAAAUAUUUUGUAUACAUGCCCCGAGUCUCUAUUUUGAUUAUCAUCAGUAAGUUAUGAAAAACUAGCCCUGAAACGGUUCUUGACAGAUGUAGAGAUGCUUCCAUAAUCAAACAAUGGCUUCAACUUUGACUUU